UGAAUCCGCCAUUAAAUCAGAGAAGAAGAAAAGAGGAAGUUUUUUUAUUUUUUUCUCCCUUGGAGACAAGGGACGCCUGAAUGGUCGCUAUGUUUAAAGUGGGCAGUAUACAGCCAGAAGUUGGCAACAUUAUACGCCGUUUUUGGUGCUUAAUUGAUGUGAAAUUGUAGAGAGACUUAAAACGAAUCUCUGAAGCGCUGUUCUGCACCGUAUGUCGUUAGCUAGCGUUAGCCAAAAAUGUUUAGCCUCUGUCGUUGGCUGGCUAAAACUGCUAUCGCCAACGCAGGAUGAAACUGUUCCAAGUUGGGUUAGUUUCUGUCAAAGUAACGUGUUGCUUACGUGUUGUGAUUCUAACUGUCACGUACGUAGCUAACACUUAGUUUAAAGAUGUGGAAACGAGGCGGUCGAAGCUCUGCUCUGGACCGGGCGCAGGCUUUGUUGUCCGCUAAAAGGAACCAAGGAGGAGACCUUGUCCAUGGGUCUACAGCCCAAACACCGGUACAUACAGGUGCUGUGGGUGGGUCUGUGAAAACCAGGUCUGCUCCUCCAAAUACACACACUUUACUGUCAGAUGUGAGUGAGCUGUCGUCGGUCAGCCCAGGUACUGGGCAUGGAGCGGACACCAUGGACAUGGCUGCUGCUGGGGAGAUACUGGGUACAGAGUGGGAUUCUACCAAGGAUCUCAGGCCUCAGAGCUCUCUGAGAGGAGGAGGGAGCAGGUUCUUGAAGAAGGCUCCACCACCUGCAACCAACAGCGGCCAGUCACCUGUCAGAAAGAGUCAAAUGCAGCAGGUGCCUGAACCCAGACAUGUUUCAUCUUCCCUGCGAAGCUCCCAGACUGCUGCUUUGAAUAAACUGGCACAAAUUGAGAACCGCAUACGCAAUCGCAAGCAGGCAGGACAGAUCCAAAAACCAGCUGAGACGCUAACGUCAGAUUUGGGAACCUUCUCACCACCAGCUGCCCAGCCCCUCGAGGCCUCUCAGCAACUCUCAGCACAGUCCAGCAGUGACUGGAGCCUAAAGAGAAAACGUUUUCUCAAGAACAACACAGCUGUAGCAGUGGACAACAGCAGUGCUGCUGCCAUUAGGUCUCCACAAAGCCCAGCUGUUGGUGCUAGAUCCCGAUCCAGAGCUGCUGAUGCUGUUGCACCUUCAGUGGGUUCAAAGACAAAGCCUGUGGGAGCAGUGCGUGGUGUGAGUCUGGAAAGUGAUGAAGAGGACAUGAGGAAACUGCUUGGAGACUCUUUGGAUUCAACAGACAACAGCUUCUUAAUACCUGCAAGACCCUCUCCCAAAAGAGCAGCAGACAAGCUGAAGGCAUCCUCCAACCCGGCACCACCACUCUCCCCUGGCUCUCCUUCUCGUCGCAGUUCUCCUUUUCGAUUCACCGGUCAGGCUCAGGCCCACUUUAGUCCCUCUGUGCUCUCCCCAUCCCCCUCUCCCCCCAGUGUCUCCCCUUCUCUCCCGGGGAGACUGAACUCCGCUCAGAGGGCAGGGAGUCCACAGCGCUCCCUCUCCUCCAUGUCCGGCCCCUGUGAGGUGCUCUCCCUGGAGGAGCUCUUCCCCGUUGUGUCUGGCUCUGUAGAUCCCCACAGUGAGAUGAGCGCAGCUUCCUCUGAAGAAGGACAACAAGACUUCAAGAUAAAUGUGAUGACAUUGGAUGAUCUAGUCCCUGCAACCCUGGGAUUGCUUGAGGAAACACCAGGAGAGAAGGAGGAGGUGGAGGAGGAGGUUGUGCUGGACUACCAAAGUGACUUUGAAAGUGAAAGCAGGACAGAGCCAGACUACAGUGCUAGCCAGGUUUCAGAGCACUUGCAAGGACAAGAAGAUGAAGAGGAUGUGGUGUCGGAGGUCAGAGAGGAGGCCUCAGACAUGUCCCGUGGUAGGACAGAAGAUGAUUACUCAAGCUCUUUCUCAGACACAAGUCGCUCCUACACCUCACCGACCUCAGAUCACAGUCAAACACUCAGCAGAUGCAGGGAUUCUAGAUCUUCCAGAUCUCCGGGAUCACAUGGCAGCCAGUCGAGGAGGCGUCCUUCAACUAGAAAGGAUUUAAAGGAGACAGCUGUACAGACUCAGCCUGAGCCACUGGCAUAUGCAUUCCCCACUGUAGAUAUGACUACUUUGGGUCCUUCAGUGGACGUGACCUACAUGAAUCCCACCCCAGUGGCUGCUCAUACUCUGAGUGCUGAAACGGUGGAAGCUCUCAGCGCCUUCAAUCCAGCUGCAUUCGCACUCAAUGAACUGCUGAAGCAGCAGCUUGCCAUGACGAGGCGCUUCAUUGAAAGCAGCCGACGGCUUCACUCCAGCCUGGUCCAGAGCCUGGAACCACCAAACUACAAAUACACCACGCUGGAGGACACCAAGGAGUACAUUCGCAAGCACAGGCCUCCCAGACUGACAAUGGAAGAAGCCUUAGAGGAGGUGCUGCAGGAAAAGAGAGACUACCAUCAUAUCUGAGCAGUUUACUGAGCCCCCACAUGUGGAACAAUAGAUUUGCCAUACUACAUUUAUACGUAAUUAUUUUUCUAUUCUCAUCUGUUGUUCAUCAGUGAUUGGACGUGCUAGUGUUAAGCCUCUGUGUAUGAACUAUUUUGUAAAUUCAUUGUGCGAUUUUAAUGAGGUGACCUCAACCUUGCUGAAAACAGUGUAAAGCAUCAAUGUCACUUGUACAUUAAAACUACAUACCAG